ACUCCUCCCCAACAACUGCGGUGCUUCCUUUCCAGGUAGCCUCUGAGCUGAAGGGCUUAUAUUUGGAACAAAAGAAGGAAAACCAACUGCAAUAAACAAAAAGAGAUGGCGAGAAAGAAGUUGAAAUCGUUCACUAAUUUAGAGCUUAUGCUCAGCGCUCUCCUGCUGGUCGUGUUUGUCAUCACCAUUCCUCUAUUUGUCCUCUCAGCCAGGGAGUCUUUGGGAUUAAAAGAUGCUGAGACAAGCACCACCCCUGCACCUCCUGAGUGCCCCGUGCCGAAUGAAGUGGAGCGUAUAAACUGCAUCCCUGAGCAGACACCUAACAAGGCCAUAUGUGAGCAGCGUGGCUGCUGCUGGAAUCCCCAGGGAACCAUCCGUGUGCCCUGGUGCUACUAUUCCAAGAGUCAUGGCUAUCAGAUGGAGGGCGACUUUGCCAACACAAAGGCAGGAUUCACAGCCCAGUUGAAAAGGUUGCCUUCUCCGUCCCCAUUUGGAAAUGACGUCAACAAUGUCCUUCUCACAGCGGAAUACCAGACAUCGAAUCGCUUCCACUUUAAGUUAACUGACUCAAAGAAGGACAGGUACGAAGUGCCCCAUGAACAUGUCCAAGCCUUCCAAGGAGAUGCUGCUUCUCCCUUGACCUAUAAAGUUGAGGUCUCCCCACAGCCAUUCAGCAUCAAAGUGAGGAGAGAAAGCAACAGUGUCGUUCUGUUGGACUCAAGUAUCGGGCCCCUCCUGUUUGCUGAUCAGUUCCUGCAGUUCUCCUUCCGACUGCCAAGUGCUAACGUGUAUGGUCUGGGAGAACACGUGCACCAGCAGUACCGCCAUGAUAUGAACUGGAAGACCUGGCCCAUAUUUGCCAGGGACACAACCCCCAAUGGGGAUGGAACUAACUUGUAUGGGGCACAGACAUUCUUCCUGUGCCUUGAAGAUGCUAGUGGAUUAUCCUUUGGAGUGUUUCUGAUGAACAGCAAUGCCAUGGACGUCGUCCUCCAGCCCACACCAGCUGUCACUUACCGCACCACCGGGGGCAUUCUCGACUUCUAUGUGUUCUUGGGAAAUACUCCAGAGCAAGUUGUUCAAGAGUAUCUAGAGCUCAUUGGACGGCCAGCCCUGCCCGCAUACUGGACACUUGGAUUUCAUCUCAGUCGUUAUGACUAUGGAACCCUAGAUAACAUGAAGCAGGUUGUGGAGAGAAACCGGGCAGCACAGCUCCCUUACGACGUUCAGCAUGCUGAUAUUGAUUAUAUGGAUGAGAGGAAGGACUUCACUUACAACCCAGUAGAUUUUAAAGGCUUUCCUGACUUUGCUAAGGAGUUACACAAUAACGGACAGAAAUUGGUCAUCAUUGUGGAUCCAGCUAUCUCCAACAAGUCUUCCCCAAGCAACCCCUAUGGCCCCUAUGACAGGGGUUCAGACAUGAAGAUAUGGGUGAAUGCUUCAGAUGGAGUGACUCCACUUGUUGGGGAGGUCUGGCCUGGAAAAACUGUGUUUCCUGAUUACACCAACCCCAGGUGUGCUGUUUGGUGGGCAAAUGAAUUUAAGCUUUUUCACAAUCAAGUGGAGUUUGAUGGAAUCUGGAUUGAUAUGAAUGAGGUCUCCAACUUCGUUGAUGGCUCUGUUUCAGGAUGUUCCACAAGCAACCUAAAUUAUCCCCCAUUCACUCCCAGAGUCCUGGAUGGGCACCUGUUCUGCAAGACCCUCUGCAUGGAUGCCGUGCAGCACUGGGGCAAGCAGUAUGAUGUCCACAAUCUCUACGGCUACUCCAUGGCCAUCGCCACCGCAGAGGCCGUCAAGACUGUGUUUCCUAGCAAGAGAAGCUUCAUUGUAACCCGUUCCACCUUCGCGGGAUCAGGCAAGUUUGCAGCCCAUUGGUUAGGAGAUAAUGCGGCCACCUGGAAUGACCUCCGAUGGUCCAUCCCCGGCAUGCUUGAGUUCAACCUUUUUGGUAUCCCAAUGGUGGGUCCUGACAUUUGUGGCUAUGCAAUGGAUGCCCCGGAGGAGCUCUGCAGACGGUGGAUGCAGCUGGGAGCAUUCUAUCCAUUUUCCAGGAAUCACAAUGGCCAAGGCUACAAGGCCCAGGAUCCUGCCUCCUUUGGAGCUGACUCUCUGCUGCUGAAUUCCUCCAGGCAUUACCUAACCAUCCGCUAUACUCUGCUGCCCUAUCUGUACACCCUCUUCUAUCGCGCUCACAGGCAUGGGGACACAGUGGCCAGGCCCCUUCUGCAUGAGUUCUAUAAGGACAGCAACACCUGGGACGUGCACCAGCAGUUUCUCUGGGGGCCCGGCCUCCUCAUCACCCCAGUUCUGCAUGAGGGUGCCAAGAAAGUGACGGCAUAUAUACCUGAUGCCACCUGGUACGAUUAUGAGACUGGGCGCCAAGUGAGCUGGAGAAAGCAAAAAGUGGAGAUGGAACUUCCUGGAGACAAAAUUGGACUUCACCUUCGAGGAGGCUACAUCUUCCCUAUCCAACAGCCAGCCACAACCACGGUGGCCAGUCGACGGAACCCUCUUGGCCUUAUCAUUGCCCUAGAUGACAACAAAGAAGCAAAAGGCGAACUUUUCUGGGAUGAUGGGGAAACGAAAGAUACUGUGGCUGAUAAAGUCUAUAUCCUAUGUGAGUUUUCCGUCACCCAAAACCGCUUGGAUGUGAAGAUUUUGCAAUCAACCUACCAAGACCCCAAUAAUUUAGCAUUUAAAGAGAUUAAGAUCCUUGGGAUCCAGAAACUGAUGAACAUUACAGUGAAACACAACGGUGUCCUCAGUCAAGUUUCUCCCAAUGUCACUUAUGAUUCUAACCUACAGGUUGCCCUUAUCACAGGGCUUGAUCUUGUCCUGGGAGAAGCAUACACAGUGGAGUGGAACCUGGAGAUACAGGAUGCAGAAAAAAUAGACUGUUAUCCCGAUGAGAAUGGUGCUUCUGCAGAAAACUGUGCUGCCCGUGGCUGUGCCUGGGAGGCAUCCAGUACUCCAGGAGUCCCUUUUUGCUACUUCAUCAAUGAUCUCUACUCUGUCAGUGAUGUUCAGUAUGACUCACACGGGGCCACGGCUAUCAUCUCCUUAAAGUCCUCCCUUUAUGCCAACGCUUUCCCCUCAACGCCCGUGAACCCCCUCCGUCUGACGGUGACCUACCACAAGAAUGACAUGCUGCAGUUCAAGAUUUAUGAUCUCAACAACAGUCGGUAUGAAGUCCCAGUCCCUCUCAACUUACCCAGGGUUCCAUCCAGCACCUUUGAGAGUCGACUCUAUGACGUCUUCAUUAAGAAGAGUCCAUUUGGGAUUGAAAUUCGCCGGAGGAGUACAGGCAGCGUAAUUUGGGACUCUCAGCUCCUUGGCUUCACCUUCAAUGACAUGUUCAUUCGCAUCUCCACUCGCCUUCCCUCCCCGUACAUCUAUGGCUUUGGGGAAAAUGAGCACACAGCCUAUCGGAGAGACUUGAACUGGCACACGUGGGGGAUGUUCUCCCGAGACCAGCCCCCGGGGUACAAGAAGAAUUCCUAUGGCGUCCACCCCUACUACAUGGGACUGGAGGAAGAUGGCAGCGCCCACGGAGUGCUCCUGCUAAACAGCAACGCCAUGGAUGUGACAUUCCAGCCCCUGCCUGCCUUGACGUACCGUACCACAGGAGGAAUUCUGGACUUUUAUGUGUUCUUGGGGCCAACUCCAGAGCUUGUCACUCAGCAGUACACGGAGGUGAUUGGUCGGCCAGUGAUGGUUCCCUACUGGGCCUUGGGGUUUCAGCUGUGUCGCUAUGGAUACCAGAAUGACUCUGAGAUUGCCAGCUUAUAUGAUGACAUGGUGGCUGCCCAGAUCCCCUAUGACGUGCAGUACUCUGACAUCGACUACAUGGAGCGGCAGCUGGACUUCACCCUCAACCCCAAGUUUGCUGGAUUCCCAGCUCUGAUUAAUCGCAUGAAGAGCGAUGGGAUGCGGGUCAUCCUCAUUCUGGACCCAGCCAUUUCCGGAAACGAGACAAAGCCCUAUCCUGCAUUCACACGGGGUGUGGAGGAUGACGUCUUUAUCAAAGAUCCCAAUGGUGGAGGCAUUGUCUGGGGAAAGGUUUGGCCUGAUUUUCCUGAUGUCGUUAUAAACAGUUCUCUAGACUGGGAGAGCCAAGUGGAGCAAUACCGAGCUUAUGUGGCCUUCCCAGACUUUUUCCGUAAUUCGACUGCCACCUGGUGGAAGAGGGAAAUGAAAGAACUGCACAGCAACCCCCAGGAGCCAGACAAGAGUUUGAAGUUUGAUGGCAUGUGGAUUGAUAUGAAUGAACCGUCAAGCUUUGUGAACGGGGCGGUUCCUCCAGGCUGUAAAGAUGACACUCUGAACCACCCUCCCUAUAUGCCACAUCUGGAGUCCAGGGACAGGGGCCUGAGCAGCAAAACCCUGUGCAUGGAGAGCGAGCAGAUCCUGCCAGAUGGCUCCCGGGUGCGGCACUACGACGUGCACAGCCUGUACGGGUGGUCCCAGACCAGGCCCACCUACGAAGCUGUGCAGGAGGUGACGGGGCAGCGAGGGAUCGUGGUCACCCGUUCCACAUUCCCCUCUUCUGGCCGCUGGGGAGGCCACUGGCUGGGAGACAACACGGCUGCGUGGGACCAGCUGAGGAAGUCUAUCAUUGGCAUGAUGGAGUUCAGCAUCUUUGGCAUAUCCUAUACAGGAGCAGAUAUUUGUGGGUUCUUUCAAGAUGCUGAAUAUGAGAUGUGUGUUCGCUGGAUGCAACUGGGGGCCUUUUACCCCUUUUCGAGGAACCACAACACCAUUGGAACAAGGAGGCAAGACCCUGUGUCCUGGGAUGAGGCCUUUGUGAAUAUGUCCAGAAGCGUCCUGAAGACCAGAUACACGCUCCUGCCCUAUCUCUACACCCUGAUGCACUUGGCCUACACGGAGGGCAGGACUGUGGUGCGGCCUCUUCUCCAUGAGUUUGUGUCAGACCGGGUGACCUGGGAUAUAGACCGUCAGUUCCUGCUGGGCCCCGCCUUCCUGGUCAGCCCUGUCCUGGAUCCUAAUGCCAGAAAUGUCACCGCGUAUUUCCCUGGAGCCCGCUGGUAUGACUACUACACGGGUGUGGACAUCCAAGCCAGGGGAGAGUGGAAGACCUUGCCAGCCCCUCUUGACCACAUUAACCUCCAUGUCCGCGGAGGCUCCAUCCUGCCCUGGCAAGAACCUGCACAGAACACCCACUUCAGCCGCCAGAAAUUCAUAGGCUUGAAGGUUGCCUUGGAUGAUAAAGGGGCUGCUGAAGGUUGGCUCUUCUGGGAUGAUGGGCAAAGCAUCGAUACCUAUGAGAAAGGACUCUAUUACCUGGCCCACUUUUCCGCCAGCCAGAAUACGAUAGAGAGUCACAUAACUUUCAACAACUACAUCACCGAUACAAACCCUUUGAGACUCGGCUACAUUGAGAUCUGGGGACUGAACAGUCUCUCCGUUUCCAAUGUCAGUGUCUCUGUGAAGGACACGGUUAUAACACCCAGCUUCAACUACAUCGCUACAAUCCAGGUGUUAAGUAUUGAGAUGACCAACAGAAACAUCAGCCUCCAUAAUUUCAUUUCCUUGACAUGGACAAACACUCAGUGAAAAUUAAGAGCAAGAGCCUAUGAAUGACUUUGAAACUACUUCAUGCUUAUCAAAUUUUUAUGUAUUGCUAAUUGGUUUUCAUGGCCAGUAUGGGUAAAAUAUUUUCUCAGCUUUGUUAUAUGUUUUUGUCUGUGUCUUAGCUCUGUGGGCUAGUCAAUAGGGAGUUAGUGGAAAAUCUACGGGUUACCUUAAUGUCUCUGUGUGAUUAAUAUGGUAUCAGUUGUUUAUCAUACAACAUUUACUGAAGAUGAACUGGGUCCAUGGUGGAGUGUGUGUGUGUGUGUGUGUGUAAUCAGGGAAUAGGCCCCGCUGUCCUGUGAAAUACACAAGGAAAAGCUUGCCAGGACACUUCCAGGUCCUGGAGCUAACACGCCAAGACAGUAUCCAGGAAGAACAUCUGCUAAUUGGGUAUAGGAAGAGAAGAGCAGUAUGCUGAGAUCAUGAUAUGAGGGGAAGAAAUAGCAAACACACAGAAAGGUAAGCAGGCAAGAUGAGAGGAAACAGAAGAUGAUGAUAAAAGUGAUCAUGACAAAGAAGAAGAUUAUGUAAAAAUAUUAGGAAGAUUAGCCUCCUGGGGAGGAGAAAGGAAAAGCCCAGUCACUUGAGAGCAAGAAAUGGGGUUGAGGAAAUUCUUAGCAUGGGGGAGUAGGGGUGAGGAUGAGAUUUAAGCAGGCAAAGCUGAAUGUAAAAAAUAACUUAUUUUUGCAGCUGUGUGCUUUGAAGUGUACAAAUCGUAUUGCUCUACCCUAUGGCUAACACACAUCACUACAGUUCACACUCAUGCAUGCAACUUCUAUGCCAGAGCAAAAUAAAACAAGCAGAUUUACAAGACAUUGUGAAUUUUGUGAUAUUUUGACCAUGGGUAAUCUCACUUCAGAUUAAGGCUUCUUUUUGUUCAGGAAACCCUUGUACAUUAGCCUUGUUCUCUUUGGCAUCAGAGUUCCUGCAGUCGGAUCCACCAAUGGAAUGAUCGGCGUUAUGAUCACACACUCUUUUCCUUACACCUUUGACGUGGGUCUUUAGAAGAUCCGGGUUUGUGGAAGAGCGUGCUUGGAUUGUUGUGGUUUUAAUCAUCAUAGCAGUUACUAUAUCGGGUAAAAUAUCAACUCUGGAAAAAUAACAUUUGUAACACUGUUGGAUAAAACACUAGAUGGUUAAAAUGUGUGAUAAAUAAAUUCUAUAUUAAUGUUCAA